AUGCCACCCCUGUCAGGAUUCUCCAACAACCCUCUCCGAACCAGGGCGGACUUGGUCCAAGCUACCCUCGCGCUGCUCCGGCCCCUCUUACCCCACUUCUCUCCGUCCAAGGGCCGGAUCCGAAUUCCGGUGACUUCGGCAACGCACUUUGAUGAGACAGCUGCCCAACUAGAAGGUUUUGCUCGGCCGCUAUGGGCUGUAGGCGCAUUGCUCCUUGGAGCUGAUGCCACUUCAGAUUCAUCACUGUCCGCUGCAAUCACCGAAGUAGUCCAGCCAUGGAUCGACGGCUUCGUCACAGGAACCGAUCCCGAGCACCCUGAGUACUGGGGACCAAUUCUCGGCCCCGAUCAGCGCAUGGUAGAGGCCGAAAUUGUAGCAUUUGCCCUCCUUUCCGCGCCUGAUCGCAUUUUUAAGCCGUUGAGUGAAAAGUCGAAACAAAACAUCACCAACUGGCUCCGGUCUUUGAAUGGAAUGGAAAUGCCAAAGAACAACUGGCGUUGGUUCAGAGUCUUUGCGAACUUGGCUCUGUUCAAAGUAUGUGGGGUGGCAUAUGACAGUGUUCGCGACGAGAUAAACUCAGACUUGGCGCUCCUGGACACUUUCUACCGAUUUGAUGGUUGGUCGGCAGACGGUCCUUGGCAAACACCAGAGCAGGCCCAGGAUGAGUUCGAGCAGUUUGAGAAGACUGGCAGACGCGAUGCGAUUGGAAUUGGAAGACAGGCCGACUACUACUCUGGUAGCUUUGCGAUUCAAUUCAGUCAGCUGCUCUACUCUCGAUUUGCUGUGGAUAUCGAUCCCGAACGAGCAGAGAAGUACCGCCAGAGAGCAAGAGACUUUGGUGCCACUUUCUGGCGUUACUUUGACGCUGAAGGUUCUGCUAUACCUUUCGGCCGGUCUUUAACUUAUCGAUUCGCCUGCGGAGGAUAUUUCGCUGCUCUAGCUCUGGCACAAGUACCCAAUAUGCCAAAGCCUCUCCACACCCCCGGGGCCAUCAAAGGCUUCCUACUGAGACAUCUCAGAUGGUGGGCAAACAACUCUAAUGAUGUCUUCUAUUCCGAUGGUACCAUGAACAUUGGAUGGUUAUAUCCAAACAUGUACCUGUGCGAAGACUACAACUCACCUCAAUCUCCGUACUGGUGUUUGAAGACCCUCAUUGCGGUUGGUCUUGCGGAAGACGAUGACUUCUGGACUGCAGAUGAAGAGCCAUACCCCUCUCUUUCCACAACAGACUCAGUUGCGCUCGUCCCAGCCCCUCAGCAGAUUGUGUGCAACCAUCCUGGAAGCAACCAUCACUUUCUCCUUUCGCCAGGACAGUUCGUAGCUUGGCCUAUGAAGGCUAACCAGGCUAAGUACUGCAAGUUUGCGUACUCCUCCGCUUUCACGUUCUCCGUACCGACGGGGCCGUUAAUCCAGCAGAUUGCUCCAGACAACACCCUUGCUUUGAGUCGCGAUGGUGGAGAGACAUGGGCAGUGAAGUGGAAGUCUGAACCAGUGCGCUUCUCAACUGCGUUUAUCAAGACAGCUUCGAGCACGCAGGAAGUACAAGCUGCGAGCGCCAAGUGGUAUCCAUGGGGCGACAGAGCCGUGAGUAUAGACACCACGCUGAUCCCACCGUCUGACCGAUGGCCGGACUGGCAUAUUCGAGUCCACAAGAUCAAAGUGCACGAGAAGCUUAAGACUUUACACACAAUCGAGGGCGGCUUCGCGAUCUCUGGCCGCAAAAAGGGCGGCCAGACUGACGGAUUGCCUCUACCUGUCAUCUCCGAGGUUCCGAAAGACGCCAUCUUGGGCUCUGCCGAAGGCGUUUUACAGAAAGAGCUUUCCACUUUGAUCUUGUCCUCCGCAGGCGCCAGCGGCGUGGUCUCACAGUCACCGAGCAGUCACCAGACGAUAUCAGAAAGUUUUCCACUGAAGCCUGAUUCGAACACAAACUUGGCCUGCUCUAGGACCUUAAUACCGGUCAUUUCUCAUGCUACUGCCGGUGGCCUAGAUGCCGGAUAUGAAAUGGUCCUAGUCGAGUCUGUCUUUGCGCUGUCUGCCUCGGCAAACAAGGGUUGGCCUGGUGCUGGCAAGCCAUUGGCAGAACGAUGGUUGGAUGCUCCGCGGGUGCAGCUGGAAUCUAGGACUUCAGACGCAACAGAUGGCGAUGUUAUGUUAGUUGUUGCCUCUACUCAAGCUUAG